UGUUACUUACAAUCCUAUUUAUUUUUGCGGAAUACAUAAAGAUGCAUAUCAUUCCUUUGUUGUAUAUGAAAAGUACUCCAAUGCUCGAAUAUCUUGUCAACCGUCUAUCUAUAGACUUCAUUCAAACAUUAUGGAUUAACGAGCUGCUAUUUAAACCUGUUAUUAGGUCGACUGUUGUCUGGUGUAUUUCAUACCAAUUCUUAGGCCGUUCUUUACAUACUGAUUUUGACUACGGAUUACUCCGUUGACCUGAUUAAGAUAUAUGGAUUACGGCGGAUGUGACAGGUCAGUAGGGGAUGUACUCCUCCUGAGCACCUGAUCCCAAUACUGGUAUUUCCAGGGCUCCGUACGUGUCACACUCUCGGUUUUAUAUUCUUCACAAGGCUUAUCAGAUCGAUUGGUGUUCGUUAUCUUCAUUUUUUCAUUCAUGACUUUUUCAUUGGGGCAUUGAGAUUUAUACAUUAAACAUUUUUGCUGCUGUAUAAAAAUUCAUAAAGAUCAUGUAUAUUCAGACAUUUUAUAUCAGAAUUAUCUCCAGCACAACAGGUCUCCAAUAUUACUUUUUGUAAUGAUGUCUUUGCUAGACAAUUAUUUGUUAUAUUGGAAGAAAGAUUGUAGGAAUUUGUUUCCAAUCAUAUUGAUUAUAUAUCAUCAAAACGGCGGGGUUUUUUUGUUGUUGUUUUUUUGUUUUUUUUGUUUUUUGUUUUGGUUUUGUUGUUGUUGUUGUUGUUGCUGUUUUUUAAAUCCAUAAUUAAACAGUCAAAAUACAGUUGCGUAAAACUUAUACGGUACCAAUUUUGAUGCACCAGAUGCGCAUUUCGACAAAUAAUGUCUCUUCAGUGAUGAUCAACCGAAAUGUUUGAAAUCCGAAAUAACUAUGAAGUUUUAGAGCUAAAUAGAGCCAAAAACAGCGUGCCGAAAAAGUGGAGCCAAAUUCGUCCAAGGAUAAGAGCUAUGCAUGAGGGAGAUAAUCCUUAAUUUUGAAAUGAAUUUCUAAAUUUUAUAACAGCAAGUAUCAUUAACAUUAAAUCACAGAAGCCAUUGAGUAAGAUAACAUGAACGUUCCUGGAAGAAUAAAGUAAAGAGAUUCGAUUCACAGCUACAGGUGCAACAUCACACCUAAACUAGUGACGUUAAUACCAGGGAACUCUGAUUGGUUCUGCAUUAAUAUUGUGUUCCUACGUCAUCUGUGACAUUUAAAAGAAUAACAUAUUUAAGUUUACAGAGGGUGCGCUAGACUUUAUAUGUAAAAGAUACCGUGUAGAAUUGAGCUCCAUAUAUUCUCUUAAACAUGAUGAACAACAGUGCAGAUAUACAACUAACGAAUCAGGACAUUGAGACUGAUGAGGCCAUCAUGGCGGAGUUGGAGGGGAUACUGCGGCGAACGAGCGACUCUAGCGAUAUCGAGGCUCUAUUUCAAGUGUUGAAGACCGAGCUACAAUCCAACGUGGAGGAAAGUCAGUCGUUCAGUCAUUAUUCGAACAAAGAUCAGUUGACGUAUCUGAAUUCAGACGGAAUCAACGACGAACUCCUGGAAGAAAUAUUUGGCGGUGAAACUCUGGAGAAUGGCUGCAUAUUUCAGAACGAGGCAGCAGACGAAGGUCAGGCCGUACUGUGGGAUUUUGAUUGUAGCGUGUUCGAAUACAAACCUGCUGUAGAUGAAAACAGUAACAAUGAAUGUUCUCGAGACCCAGAAACACAAGUGUCGGUAGAGAUAUGUAAAGAUCGAUGAGUGUGCACUUUGUUAGAAUUUGUAAUUGGUGUAUGUUUGUUAUUUUGUUAAAGAAAUACAGCAAUGUAUAUUUUUCUGUGAUAAGAACUAUUAUUAUGAUGCUGUUAUGACUGUGUUGAAUAAUCAUCUUUAAUUCAGAAUUCAUUGUGAGAGACAUGCAAUAAAACUUAAAUUAACAGG